AUGGGCGCCUCUUUGUCUUUCCGCCAGAUACUGGUGUCGUUGCCUCGAAUGUUUCUCUGGUCAUGGAGCAAUCUAUUUCUUUUCACCCUCCAUAAUCAGCGCUCUGCCUCUGCCAUCUCGGAGGACAGGAUCAACAAGCCCUGGAGACCUCUUUCAGCCGGCCGGAUAACUCCGCACCAAGCCAAGAUGCUGAUAUAUUGCAUGUAUCCUGCCAUGUUUGUAAUUUCAGGCACCAUGGGGGGUGUUGCGCCUUGUCUUCUGGAGGCAUUCUCCUGCUUGUGGUACAACGAAUGGAACGGUGCAUCGAACCCACUAUUGAAGAACUUGCUGAAUGGGAUUGGGUUCGCGUGCUUCUUUGCUGGUCCACUGGAGGUUGCAACAAACAGCUCCGUUCUUUCGGACGACAUGAAAGCAUUCACAUGGCUCCUUGUUCUCGCUGGGGCAAUUACGACCACCGUCCACGCCCAGGACUUUCGGGACAUUGAUGGAGAUAGAGCCACCGGUCGAAGGACAGUGCCCCUGUUGAUCGGAGACGAGAAUGCUCGGUCUGCCCUGGCAGUGGGAAUUAUAGCGUGGACAGCGUUGUCCUGUUGGUUUUGGGAUGUGGGCUCGGCGGAACGCUCAUGGCUUUCCUGCCUCCCCGCGUGCGUUGCGGGCACUAUAGUGGUUUGGGGGUUUUACUGGAGCACAACUCGUGAGGGAGAUCGGAGGUCGUGGCAGAUUUACCCAUUAUGGCUCAUUGCUCAUUGGACUCUUUGUUAUGCCUCUGCGUAUUUUCUAAGUCACUUCAGUGUGAGGCAAUCUCGUCUUCCUGCGAAAUGUGUACUAGUUAGGCUCUGUAAACUGUGUAUAGGGACAGAUGUUCUGAUUGGUCAAUGCAUUGCAAAUCAAAUAAUACAGUAA